AUGGAAGUUAAAGAAUUUAAAGAAUUUGCUAAAGAAAUGAUUGAUUAUGUCGGGGAUUACCUUGAAAACAUUCGAGACAGGCAAGUUUUACCAACUGUGGAACCGGGUUACAUAAAACCAUUGAUACCAACAGAACCGCCGUUGAAACCGGAAUCAUGGCAAGAUGUCAUGCAGGAUAUAGAAAGAGUCAUAAUGCCGGGUGUCACUCAUUGGCAUUCUCCAAAAUUUCACGCGUAUUUUCCAACGGCUAAUUCUUAUCCAGCAAUCGUUGCUGAUAUUUUAAGCGCUGGAAUAUCCUGCAUAGGAUUCACAUGGAUGUCCAGUCCUGCGUGCACCGAAUUAGAAGUUGUCAUGUUGGACUGGUUGGGUAAAAUGUUGGGUUUACCAAAAGAAUUCUUAUCGAGUACUCCGGGAGGUCAAGGUGGUGGAGUCAUUCAGGGUACGGCGAGCGAAGCCACCCUCGUCGGUCUUUUAGCUGCCAAAGCUAAAACAAUACACACGUUGAAAAAUAAAAAUCCUGGAUGGACGGAAGGUACGAUCGUUCCUAAACUCGUCGGAUAUGCUUCCGAACAAGCUCACAGUUCGGUGGAAAGAGCUUUUUUAAUCGGAGGAGUAAAAUGUCAUCAAUUGCCUACGGAUGAUAAAUUUCGCGUGACCGGAGACACGCUCAAAAAAGCCAUAAGAGAAGAUUUAGAAAAAGGUUUAAUACCAUUUUACGUGGUUGCCACGUUAGGUACGACAUCCGUGUGUUCGUUUGACCUUUUGAAAGAAAUCGGACCCGUUUGCAAAGACGAAAAUGUUUGGCUUCACGUCGAUGCCGCUUACGCAGGUUCAUCUUUUAUUUGUCCAGAAUUCAGGCAUUAUAACGAAGGAGUAGAAUAUGCGGAAUCAUUUAAUUUCAAUCCGCAUAAAUGGAUGUUGGUUAAUUUUGAUUGUUCGGCCAUGUGGUUAAAAAAUCCAGAUAAUAUCGUGAAUGCAUUUAAAUUGGAUCCUGUUUAUCUUCAACACAGUCAACAAAAUGUCGCUCCCGAUUAUCGCCAUUGGCAAAUUCCAUUGGGGAGACGUUUUCGUUCAUUAAAACUUUGGUUCGUUCUAAGACUUUACGGUGUUGAAAAUUUACAAAAACACAUCAGGAAACAAAUUUCUUUGGCACACGAAUUUGAAAAUUACGUUAAAAAUGAUUCGAGAUUUGAAAUAAUUGGCGAAGUCACGAUGGGAUUGGUUUGUUUCAGAUUAAAAGGACCGAACGAAAUAAAUGAAAAACUUCACGAGAAAAUAAAUUCAAAUGGUAAAAUACAUUUGGUACCAUCUAAAAUAAAAGGAAAUUAUUUUCUAAGAUUGGCCAUUUGUUCGAGAUUUACUCAAUCGUCGGAUAUUUUAUUGUCGUGGGAAGAAAUUAAAAAUUUAGCAACGGAAAUAUUAAAAGAAAAUUAA